AUGACAAUUAACAAAGAAAGAGUAGACAAUAAAAUACUCAGUCUGUUAGAAAAUGGAGUGAAAAACAAACACAGAUCAAUUAUUGGCGUGUGCGGAAAAGUGAAAGAUGUUGUCCACCACGUCCAUUCUCUGCUCUCUAGGUACACAAUUAGGCCGCGUGUGCUCUGGGUGUACGAGAAGGAGCUGGAGGCCAAGACGCACAAAAUAGGAAAGGCAAAAAAAAGAAGAGGAGCCGGAGAGUGCGUCCUCUCAAACUUUGAAUCGUUCAUUGUAAAUACCGAUAUAAACUACGUGUUUCACAGCGAAGCGGAAAAAGUGCUUGGAACAACCACGGACCUCUGCAUCCUCCAAGACUUCUCGAAAAUCAGAGCCAACUCGCUGGCAAGCGUAGUGGAAAGCGUGAAAGGAGGAGGGGUAAUACUGCUGCCCGUUGAUGAAACAGAUAGCAUAUACACAAGAAGACUCUAUCACCUGCUCCAAUCAGCAGACAACUAUCUUAUACUAGAUAGCCAGAUGAAUGUUUUGAAAUACGAGAGCCAAAAAGAGACAGAGCUAGAGACAGAAAAAGAGAACAGAGUAGAAGAAAAAGUGCAAAAAAUAAAAGAGGCAGCAAAUCCUCUUAAUCCACUGAGCAUCAUAAGCGCAAACAGCACAGCUGUUCUAAUGCGGCAGUGCAAAACAGAAGACCAGGCUGACGCCGUCUUCCAGCUCUCGCAGAUACUGGAGAGGAGAUCUUUAGUUGCGAUCACAGCAGACAGAGGGCGCGGGAAAUCAGCUGCUCUGGGGCUGUCAAUUGCUCACGCAGUUGUGAAGGGAAUGAACGACAUUCUGAUAUCUGCUCCGCACCUGUCGAAUGUGCAGACUGUUUUUGAGUUUGCAGUGACCGGUUUGGCAGCGAAUGGAUAUAAAGAGCAGUUUGACUUUUUUAUUGAAUACUCAAAAACUUUUAAAAAAUUAAUUGAAAAAAUAACGGUAUCAAAAACGCACUACCAGACCAUCAGAUUUGCAGCACCGCAGAAACUGGGACACUCCCCAUCUAUGCUGGUUGUGGACGAAGCAGCAGCUAUUCCUCUGCCGAUUCUCAAGGAAAUGCUGGGGAUGUACCCGACGAUGAUCUCUUCAACAACUGCUGGAUAUGAGGGCACAGGGCGCGCUCUGUCUCUGAAGCUAUUCAAGUCCCUGAAUCCUGAAAUUAUCAGAUUGGAAGAGCCGAUUAGAUACAGCAGAAAUGAUCCUGUUGAGAAGUGGCUAAACGGCGCGCUUUCGCUCGCUCCGGAGAUACCGAAGAUGAUAACAUUCCCAAAGCACGAAAAGUGCAGGACUUACAGCGUGAACAAGUCUCUUCUUUUCUCGGGCCAUGAGGAAACAGAAAAAAUUCUGAAAUCGCUGUCCAGCAUACUUCUGUCAGGGCACUACAAAAACAGCCCAAAUGAUCUGCAAACUCUAGCAGACGAUGAGAACCACGCUUUGGUUGUCCUGCUGACAGAAGACGGAAGGGUUCUCGGGCUCGCGCAGUGUGUGAAGGAAGGCAGCAGAAUGGAAAUGGACGAGACACAGAAAGCAUACAACGAAAAAAGAACAGAAAAAGGGAACCUGAUUCCCUGGUCAAUUUCGCAGUACUUCCUGGACAUGGAAAUAUUCGAGCAGCUGGGCAUGCGGAUAAUCAGAAUAGCGAUCCACCCAGACGCACAGUCCAUGGGAUACGGAUCGUACCUGGUCAAUGAGAUCGUUAAGGCAGCAGACGGUAAAAAUGAAAAUUUAUCAAAAUCUCAGAUAGGCGGGAGCGAUAGCAGCAAUGUUCUAUUUUCUGCCUUGUCGCUUUGCAAAGUGGACUACAUUGGCGUGUCGUUUGGAGUAACACAAAAACUGCUGGACUUCUGGCUUAGACUGGAGAUGAAGCCUGUUUACCUGAAACACACAUUGUGCAAAACUACAGGGGAGCACUCGCUUAUCACAAUGAGGCCGCUCUCAGACAGAGCUGCAGAGAAGAUAGAGAAAUACAGGAAAGAGUUCACUGAAAGAUUCUUAGAGCUGCUUCCAGGAUGUUUUAGCGCAGUUCCCACGGUUAUCGCGCUGCAGGUGGUAACUCCAAACCAAGCAGGAGUAAAAGUGUUCACAGAGGAGCAGGUGCGAAGAAUGCAGCAGUUUGCGAGGUGCAACCUGGACCUAAGAAUUGUGAUUGAUCUGAUCCCAAUGAUCGCAAAAGAGGUUCUGAAAACAAAAAAACAGAUAAUUUCGUCUACACAGAAAAUCAUUCUGCUUGCCGUAGGGCUCCAGCACAAGACGCUGGAAAGUGUCUCGUCAGAGCUAAAACUGCAGCCGUCCCAGGUGAAGAUGCUUAUUGCCAAGGCUCUGUCGUCCCUAUCCAGCAACAAUGGGCAAUAA